GUUUUUGUUGUUAAAUUCUUUGGACAGUGGAGCUAAUGAAGUUUGUAAGCAGAGUUAGUAAUGUGGUAGUUUUUGUUGUGAAAUGGUAGGGUCGUAGGGGUGUGUUUACGGUUUGCCAGAGGUUGGAAGUGACGUUUGAGUAUGUCGCAUGAUGAAAAUGUUUCAGCAUCUGUUGUCGAGAGCAGGCACUUUGUAGAUGAUGAUGGAAUUAACAAGCUUACAGUGGGACUGUUGUCUUUGUAUGAAUCGGAUCUUGUGAAAGCGAAAGGGCAACUUGAUGAGUUGACAAAAAAGCAGAUGUCCGUUAUCACUCAACUGCAGGACGAAAAUGAAAAACUAAAUAAAAUGCAGUGCACGAACGAUCUGCAAGAAAUGUGCACCAUGGUGAGACAGUAUCAUACAAAGCUUACUACGAUUAAAAAGGAUAUGUCGCAAUUACAUGAAAGGAGCUUGAAACUUAAAAAAAGAGCCAUGAAGCUUCAGCAGAUAAAACAGAAGGAAGCCUUGCAACGCCAGCAUCAGCGAGAACUACAAAUACAGCGAGAACAAGAGUUAAUUGCAAAGCCACUUGCUGCACAGAAAAAGAAUUGACAUUUGCCAGACAUUGUAGAAACUAUUCCAGUGGGCUGAGAGAAAUCUUAGGAAUGAGAAAGCAAGAUUUUAAAAAUGCAGAGUUGCUGGAUGGUCUGGAAGUUAUAAACAAGAUGCGGUGAAAUGAUUUUCUACCUGCAAUAGGCCAUAGCUACUAAACUUUGGACAUAAAAACUGGCUUUUUUAUGCUGUGCCGUCAUGAAACCAAUUCGUAUAACUGCCAAGACCAACAGCAAUGGUUGAUAAGGUAUUUGUUGGCUCUUUAGCAAAGGGAAACGGCACAACUGAAAUGGCCCGUAUGAACAUAAAGGAUUAAUUGGAACUCUCAACAUUUACUCAGGUGUAGGUGGUAGGGUUUUCACAGUUCCAGCUCCUUGAAGUUGUUAAGGGGAAGAUAAAGAAUAGUGCUGGUACACUAGAUUAAUUUUUGGUGUUACAGAAAGUACUUGAAUCCUUCACUGGUGGAACACUGAUUUCCAACAUAGAUUAUUUGUGGAUCUCUUAUUCAAAUCACCAAUAAAAUUAAGAUAUUGUUAUCUUGAUGACUGUUUUUCAGAGUAUAUUUUAUGCAUCUAUUUAAUAUGUCAAAGUAAACCCAGCUACCUGUAAUUAUUAGUGCCUCAUCUGAUAUUUCACAGAAUUGCUCAUUAACACUUCACUGGGUGGAGUGUUAGAAAUUGUUGCUUAUGCUACAAAAUAAACUGUUACUGUGAAAGAGA